UGGUUAAACCUAAAAAUGUGAGUUUGGUUUUGUUUUCAUCUGGUACUUUAAACGUUUCUUUUACCUGAUUUUAUGGUGAUUUCUUUUUUGUUUCGUGGUUAAAUUAUUGUUCAAUUGAUAUUUAAAGAUGGCUGAAGAGAAGAAAGUAUUGAUUGGAGACAAUAUUUUGUCACAAAAUUGUUUCACUGAAUACAGUGAUUCAAUUUCUGACAAGACUCUGAAAGUUCUCGAUGAAAUGGGCUUCAGUCGAAUGACUCAAAUUCAAGCUGAAUCUAUUCCCCAUUUGUUGGAAGGAAAAGAUCUUGUUGGGUCAGCUAAAACUGGUUCUGGUAAAACACUAGCUUUUCUUAUACCUGUUAUUGAAUUGAUGAGUAAACUCAAAUUUAUGCCUAGAAAUGGGACUGGAGUCAUCAUUAUUUCUCCUACUCGUGAAUUAUCUAUGCAAACUUUUGGUGUUUUGAAAGAUCUAAUGAAAUAUCAUUCCCAGACGUUUGGUUUAAUCAUGGGUGGCACAAAUAGAAGAUCAGAAGCUGACAAACUUAUUAAAGGAGUAAACAUACUUGUUGCAACACCUGGUAGACUCUUGGAUCAUCUUCAAAAUACAAAAAAUUUUCUGUUUAAAAAUCUUCAAUGCUUAGUAAUUGAUGAAGCUGAUCGUAUACUGGAUAUUGGUUUUGAAGAGGAAAUGAAACAAAUUAUUCGCAUCCUUCCCACGAGGAGACAAACUAUGCUUUUCAGUGCAACUUUAACUCAAAAAACUGAAACUCUAAUUUCUUUGGCUCUUAAAGGAGAGCCUAUGUACGUUGGUAUUGCGGAUAAUAAAGAUACGGCUACAGUCGAUGGGUUAGAACAAGGCUAUGUUAUUGCUCCAAGUGAGAAGCGAUUUUUGCUUCUCUUCACUUUCCUGAAGAAAAAUCGAAACAAGAAGAUAAUGGUUUUUUUCAGUUCAUGUAUGUCAGUCAAAUUUCACCAUGAACUUCUCAAUUACAUCGAUCUUCCUGUCAUGUGUAUUCAUGGAAAGCAAAAGCAAACCAAGAGAACAACAACUUUCUUCCAAUUCUGUAAUGCUGAUUCUGGUAUCCUGCUUUGUACCGAUGUUGCUGCCAGAGGCUUAGACAUUCCAAAAAUUGAUUGGAUUGUUCAAUAUGAUCCUCCAGAUGAUCCAAAGGAAUACAUCCACAGAGUCGGUCGAACAGCUCGAGGAGAUCAAGCCAUUGGUCAUGCAUUAUUAUUGCUUAGACCAGAAGAACUCGGUUUCCUGCAAUAUCUUAAAGAAGCUAAAAUUCCAUUAAUGGAAUUUGAAUUUUCGUGGAAUAAAGUAGCCAAUAUUCAAGCACAGCUUGAAAAAUUGAUUGGUAAAAAUUACUUUUUAAAUCUAUCAGCUAAGGAAGCUUACAAGGCUUACAUCAGAGCUUACGAUUCUCACCAUCUUAAAACAAUAUUCGAUAUUAAUACAUUGGAUUUGAUUGCCGUUUCAAAAUCCUUUGGUUUCCAGAACCCGCCGUUUGUUGAUUUACCCAUUUCGAACAAAAAGCCUGUUGAACGAACUAUGAAGCGUAAAAGAGACGCAAGUUUUAAAUCUGUUACCCCUGGAGGAGAAAAGAAAUUUGCCAAAUCAAAUAUUUACAAGAAACCAAAAAAGAUGGGACAAGACAAACGACAAUUUUCCAAAUGAAUUUGAUAAACUAAUUGAAUGUAAUUUAUGUAAAAUUGAGGUUAAGUUAAAAUAUUGCCGAUUAUAUUUACAUAUUAAAAGGAAAUUUUUUCUAACCUA